ACCUCUUCCUUGCACAGAUAUUUGAUAUUUCCAAGCUAAGCUACGCUCCCUAACCUUGAAAGAAAAAACAGGGAGCAAACAGAAGAAAUGAUGAUGGCCAUGGCAAUGAUGAUUGAAACCACCACAGCCGUCCGAUUCCCCCCCUUUCCCACUCCUGCUGCAAAUUUCUGCUCCUCCUUGCCACGCAGCAGCUCUGCCAUUUCUUGGUGACUUAAAAACAAAAUUUAAGAGCUUUCUGCUUUUUAAGAGCUUAAAAUGUGAACAUUCUAGCCACAUGAAUUGCAUUUUUGCCACUCUAGUGUGUGUUAUUAUCAUUGACAUUUGACAUGCUAUCUCUAAUAGCUUCAUUUCUUAGUUUUGGUUCCAUUUUGUACUGUAAAAGCAAGAGUUUUUAUAGAAAUGCAAUCUCUGAUUCAUGGUAUGGCAGUUGGUUUAGAUACCCUUUUGUUCUUUCUGUAUUUUUAGAGCUUUUAAUGUGUUUGCCAAAUAAAUUAUACUGCUCUCUGCCAUCUGUGUGGAGUAGUAUUUUUGUUCUCGAUUCUAUGCUUAGCUGCACUGGCUACUGUCAAGGUUAAAGUUUUUUCUGUUACAUUUCAAGAUAAUGAAAUUGGGUUUUUUAGGAUUAGUGGAAAUGCACCUGUUUUUUUCUCAGCUCCUCUGGUUCUUAAUCUGAAGUUAAAUUGGGAGUUUUGGGGUACAGAAGAAAGUAAUGAACCUGGUUCUGGAUUGGUUAAGCUUAGCUUAUUCGUGGAUCUGCGUAAAGAAAGGAAAUCAAAAGUGAGACUUUUUUAUGCUUAAGUUAGUAUCUUUGGCAGGCUACAACGGGGAACUGGUAUACAGUGAAGGGACUGUGGGUGUGUUGAUGGAGGUUAUGUACGUAUAAAAUGGUGAUAGAAGGUGAGAAUUGUUGUCCUUUUGGUGGAAUUCAGGAGUGAAUUAUGGUCAUGAAUUGGUUGGUUGACAGUUUAUAGUGGUUAGAGGGGUUAUGAUCGUAUGAGUUAGUCUUAAUCAAGGCAUGAACUCAAGGGUCUUCAUAUAUUGUAGAGAUCUCAGCUCUGAAAGUGAGUAGAUUUUAUUUGGGCCUAGUGUCACUCAAACCUGCACUCCAACUUGUGGAGCCUGUACUUUCAAGUGUUGAUUAGAGCUAGCUUUGGGCAUUCACAUCAUAAAACAAUUUGCUCAGCAUUAUGUUUUAGUUACAUAUCAGAAAAUGUACUACAAAGAGGUGAUUUCUCAAGUAUUAACAUUUAAACUUGAAAGGUAAAGGAUGUUAAAAGGAACACAAGAUUUUCGUUUUUAGAAAUAAUAUAUACCACAAACUUCCUUCCAGUUUGUAUGUGAUCUCAAAUUGUCGUAUUUUGGCAGAAGAUUGGAACUCUUAAAUCCUGCAUUACCAUUUUUUACCAGAAAACCGAGGACUUUACAUAUGCUUCUCUGGAAAUGGAAAAUGUUUUAAUUUUUGUUUGCUAAUGGUUCAUUGUUUUGUUCUUAUUUCUUCAAAUGCUUUGCAACAUUGUAUAAGUAGUUGCAGAUAUUAAGGACAAGUAGUUAUCAAUAUUAUUGCAGGAAUAAAUUUCAAGGGUUAAAUGGUGGUUCUUUCUUUAGAAGGAGCAGUCAUUUAAAGAGUAAGACUCAAGCGUCUGCAGAGAAUUUAGAUUCAAACUUGGAAUCUUCAGAGCAGAAUGGUCAAAUGCGAUACCAUCCAUUUGAGGAUAUUGCAGUGUCAACAUCACAAACAAGCAGUGAUGCUAUGCUUACACCUCAAGAAACAUCUAGGACUAUCGUUGAGUGUGUUAUUUCAGGCGAAAAGCAAAGCAACACUAAUGUUGACUGGUGUGAUAAAUGAUGAUUUUCAUGAAAACAUUAUCUGGCCAGACUUGCCUUAUGUGACUGACGAACAUGGGAAUAUAUACUUUCAAGUGAAGAAUGAUGAGGACGUUUUGCAAGCACUAACUACAGAAAAUAAUUUUGUGCAAGCCAUUAUAGGUUUUGAUGCCAUGGAGAUGCUCAGUGAGAUGGAGUCACUGGGUACAUCUGAAAUUGAUUUUGGGGUUGAUGAAAUUGAAGAUGAAGAUAGUGAUGUCGAAGAUGGGGGUGAUGAGGAUGAGGAUGAUGAUGACUAUGAUGAGGACUUGGUGGCUGUUCUUGAUGAUUCGGACGAGGAAGAUGAUUCUGACGAGGAACUUGGAGACUGGGCAAAAUUAGAGACGAUGCGUUCUUCUCAUCCAAUGUAUUUUGCCAAAAAGCUGGCUCAGGUUGCUUCAGAUGAUCCUAUAGACUGGAUGGAGCAGCCUCCUGCUGGUCUAGCUAUCCAGGGCCUUAUUAGACCUGCCUUCAUGGAAGAACACUCUGACAUCCAGAGGCACAUGUCUGGCAAUCAGUCUUGUGAUGCUGAUAUAAAUAAGGUUGGGAAAAGUGUAGAAGGCAAACUAGAAGAAUCUGGUGUGGUAAAUGGUCAUGAACACAAGUCAGGAUCAUCUGAAGAUAGUUCAAUGUGGGCGGAGGAAUCGGGGAAGGAUAAGGUCCCAAGAAGUGGAACUUCAUUUUACAAGCUGGAGAUGAUUAAAAUUCAGCUGAUUUCAGCUCAUGGACACCAAACUAUGGUCGAAGUAGAAGACUUUAUGAAAGCAAAACCUGAUGCAAUUGCACUUUCAGCAGCCAGAAUCAUAUCUCUAAUGAAAGCUGGUGGAGAAAAGAUUACACAGGCCUUUAAAUCUCUGUGCUGGAGAUGCAAGGGUAUUCAAGUGGAGGAGGCGGCAAUUAUUGACGUAGAUUCCCAUGGAUUUGAUUUGAGAGUUUGUUCUGGAACACAAAUCCAAACGCUGCGGUUUGCAUUCAAUUCACAGGCAACUUCAGAAUAUAGUGCUGAAAGACAGCUGAAUGACUUACUAUUCCCAAGGAUCCAAAGCAGGCUGCCGAAAAAGAAACCAACUCAUCAGAACGAUCACUAACAUAAUAACAUUGUCAAAUGCCAGAAUCCAGUUUUUUCUGGAUGGUUUGUUGUAUCCUUAGGUGUUGAGAACCAAACGUGUCUGUCUAUUUGUUAAAAACAUUUCUGCAGUUCGUGUUCAUAAGUAUUUAUUCAAUUGUAGUAAUGCCAUAUAAAAACAAUGCUAGAAUGAUCAUCGAGAAAUCCAGUUUUCCAAGCUGCUUAAAAGAAAA